CAGAGAUUAUAGGUUAUGUCGAUUGUGGACAUUUUUCCUUUGAAAGGAAUUUAAAACGUAUUAUUUUUAUCAGCGUUCUCCGAUCAUGAACUUCGUUUUCAACUGUGUCAUGUAGGAAAUGCUGCAUUUCAAAGUGUUCAGUAUCUGCACCGCUACACAAAUUUCCAAAUCCUGGAAAAUAUCUAGAACAAUUCAGAAUAUGGGUGCACUCUAUCAAUGAAAUAAACCCAGUAAUAUUGUAUCGCUCUAAAAGAGUUUGUCAUAAACAUUUCGAGGCUAAAUACCAUUCAUUUAUGCCGAGUAGACUUCAACCAAUGGCUGUGCCUACAUUAUAUUUGAGAGAUGAAAUUGAUCUAUUUGAUUCAGAUGAGCCGUCAACUUCUUCAGCCAUGCCAUUGACAUUGGUUUGGGAAACGGAUUCCUUUAAUGAAAAUGCUGUUGGUUGUCUGAUGUCACCACUUCAGCUCCUGAAGCAUUCAGGAGUUUGUAAGCAGGCAGUCACACCAAGAAAAAAAAGUUAUAUGCAGGACAGUAAAAAAACCUUAGCAAAAGAUUACAUGAAGCUGAAACAUUCAAGGAUAAAUAUGAAUUGGAGCAUAACAUGGUAAAGCUGAAUUCCUUGGCAGCAAUAUUGAUUUGAUUGCAAUUUCGAGAAUCAAGUAAGUGCAAGAAACUAAGGCGUUUUACCCUUAACGAAAAGUUACUCUCUGUGGCCUUUUACAGAGUCCCAAAUCUUAUGCACUUCUGCCAAAAAUAUUCAUUCUGCCAAGUAAGUCAACAUUAGGAAGGCUACUUGCCCUAGUGGUUGGGAGACCAGGCAUCCAAUAUGUUAUCUUUGAAUCACUUCAAGAAAUGACAAAAGAAAUGAAUUCCUCUGAAAAAUAUGUAGCGGUUCUGUUUGAUGAAAUGGCAAUUUUGCCUAGUCUUCAUUUCAAUGAACAUACUGGCUUCAUAGAGGGCUUUGAAGACAUGGGUGGAAAUAUUAAUGAUAGCUACAUUGCAGAUCAUGUCCUAAUGUUUAUGAUCAGAGGUUUG